AUGGAUGAUCAAAAAUUUUUAGGUUAUGGUUGCUUAUCUUCAGAGUCUAAUGAUUAUAGUUCAACAUCAAUUCAAUAACAUAACCCACUAACGUUUUUGUAUUAUGAGGAAAAGCAAUGCAAUUAAGGAGCAUGCUCUCUUCCAUAUAAAUUUAGUUAAGUUAAACUACCUAGUUGGAUGUGUCUUCCACUUGAUACAAAUUAUUAAGAUUUAGUUAAGACUAAAAAUUGUUAUGUGCAUUUUUUUAAUAGCAAAAUUGAAAAAGAUCAACCUAAAGACUAAGCUUACUUAAAUUCUAAAAAUAGAAUAAAUGUUAGAGAUUUAGAGCAAUUCGCACUCAUAUCUUUCAAUAAGCUUAAUGCCCCUUUUUCUUAGUAUUUUGCUUUCUUAGUAUUUACUUUUUGUCCUCUUAUAUCCUCAUCAAAUGUAUUAUUUAUAGGAUUAAUUGGAUGUUUAGAAAAAUAUAUCAGAGUUAUUAUUAGUAAAAACAAAAAAAUCAGCAAUAUAAAUUCAUUUGAUGAAAUGAUUGAUUUAAGGAUAUGA